AUGAGGUUCGGCAGGAAGGGGAAGUUGUGUCCGAGGUACGUCGGGCCAUUCAAGAUUAUGCAACGUGUGGGUGAGGUGGACUAUGAGUUGGCGUUGCCUGCGAAGCUAGCUUCCGUACUUCCAGUCUUUCAUUUCUCUAUGUUAAAUAAUUGCCUUAAUGAUCCAGCAUUGAUUCUGCCUGUUGAAGGUUUGGGGGUUGAUGAAGACUCUUUCUAUGAAGAGGUUCAUGUUGAGAUUUUAGACCAGCAGGUAAAGCAGUUGAGAAACAAUGAGCUUGCCACAGUAAGGGUAUUGUAUAGGAACCAUCUUGUUGAGGGCGAUAUAUGGGAGGCCGAGUCCGAUAUGAGAUGCCGCUAUCCUCAUCUUUUCAGCUCUUGA